CCCACACGCACGCAUGCGCUCUUUCACACAGACCUCACAACAAGCUAUCGGAUGUGAAGCCUUUGAUGAAAUGGGCACUGCGCUGGCAUUUAAAUUCUUCGGAUAAUCUACAGUCAAAUGAACAAAGCUUUACAAACAUUCCACUGUCAUUAUACGUUUACUAUAACCACCUUUCUGUAUUGUCACUAUGCCGAGCAAUAAGCUUGAGAAACCUGAGGUUAAUGAUAACGUCAAGGUGGUGGUGAGAUGUCGUCCCCUCAACCAGAAAGAGAAGAUGAUGAGCCACAAACAGGCCGUCCAAGUGGACGAGAUCCGUGGGACCAUAACAGUUAACAAACUGGAGACUCCCCAGGAGCCUCCUAAGACCUUCACAUUUGACACUGUGUUUGGACAAGACAGCAAACAGCUGGAUGUCUACAAUCUCACAGCCCGCCCCAUUAUUGACUCAGUGUUAGAGGGAUACAAUGGUACCAUUUUUGCGUAUGGACAAACUGGCACAGGAAAAACAUUCACUAUGGAGGGUGUGAGGGCAGUGCCAGAACUCAGAGGGAUAAUUCCCAACUCAUUUGCUCAUAUUUUUGGUCACAUUGCCAAGGCAGAGGGUGACACAAGAUUCUUGGUUCGUGUUUCGUACCUGGAGAUUUACAAUGAGGAAGUGCGAGACCUGUUGGGCAAGGACCAGCUGCAGAGGCUAGAGGUGAAAGAAAGACCAGAUGUUGGUGUGUAUAUCAAAGACCUCUCUGGUUAUGUUGUGAACAACGCUGACGACAUGGACAGGAUUAUGACACUGGGCCACAAAAACCGGUCUGUCGGUGCCACAAACAUGAAUGAACACAGCUCUCGUUCUCACGCUAUCUUCACCAUCACCAUCGAGUGCAGUGAGAAGGGUGUAGAUGGAAACCAGCAUGUGCGCAUGGGAAAACUUCAUCUGGUUGAUCUUGCAGGUUCAGAGAGACAGGGCAAGACUGGGGCCACAGGUCAGCGUUUAAAGGAAGCGACAAAGAUCAAUCUCUCUCUCUCCACACUGGGUAACGUCAUCUCUGCACUGGUGGAUGGCAAGAGCACACACGUGCCCUAUAGGAACUCGAAACUAACCCGCCUGCUGCAGGAUUCACUGGGAGGGAACUCCAAGACCAUGAUGUGUGCAAAUAUAGGCCCUGCAGACUAUAACUACGAUGAGACCAUCAGUACCCUGCGCUACGCUAAUAGGGCUAAAAACAUCAAGAACAAAGCCAGGAUCAAUGAGGAUCCUAAGGAUGCCCUAUUGCGCCAGUUUCAGAAGGAGAUUGAGGAGCUAAAGAAGAAACUGGUGGAAGGUGAAGAAAUCUCUGGCUCAGAGGGCAGUGGAUCCGAAGAGAUGGAUGAAGGUGAUGAUGAAGGAGCGGAAGCAGGAGAAGGCCGCAGGAGAAAAAGAGAAGAAAGAGGGAGGAAGAAGGUUUCCCCGGACAAGAUGGUGGAAAUGCAGGCAAAGAUUGAAGAGGAAAGAAAGGUCUUGGAGGCCAAGCUGGACAUGGAGGAGGAGGAGAGGAACAAGGCAAGAGCAGAACUGGAGAAACGGGAGAAGGACCUUCUUAAAGCCCAGCAGGAGCAUCACCUUCUGCUGGAGAAGUUGUCAGCCUUAGAGAAGAAGGUGAUCGUGGGUGGGGUGGACCUCUUGGCCAAGGCCGAGGAGCAAGAGAAGCUUUUGCAGGAGUCCAACAAUGAACUGGAAGAACGUCGCAGGAGAGCCGAGCAGCUGCGGAAGGAGCUGGAGGAGAAAGAGCAAGAACGUCUGGACAUAGAAGAGAAGUACACUAGCCUGCAGGAGGAGGCUCAAGGAAAGACCAAGAAGCUGAAGAAAGUAUGGACCAUGCUGAUGGCUGCCAAAUCAGAAAUGGCAGAUCUGCAACAAGAGCAUCACAGAGAGAUCGAGGGCCUACUGGAGAACAUCCGCCAGCUGAGUCGAGAAUUGCGGCUCCAGAUGCUUAUCAUAGACAACUUUAUUCCCCAGGAAUACCAGGAGAUGAUAGAGAAUUACGUGCAGUGGAAUGAAGACAUUGGAGAAUGGCAGCUGAAAUGUGUGGCAUACACUGGCAACAAUAUGAGAAAACAGACCCCUGCUCCAGACAAAAAAGAAAAAGAUCCAUUUGAGGUAGAUCUGUCCCAUGUGUAUCUGGCCUACACAGAGGAGAGCAUGCGGCAGUCACUAAUGAAACUAGAGAGACCCAGAACCUCUAAAAGUGGCAAAAGUGGCCGACCCAAGACUGGGCGAAGGAAAAGAUCUGCAAAGCCAGAUGCUGUGAUCGAAUCCCUUCUACAGUGAAGACGGCAUAUAGGAGAGCUUGGUUUCACUGCAACUUUCAUGUUACUUUAGGAACACAACUAACAAUUAGUCGAGUCUGAAGAAUUUAUUGUUGAACAUUAUUUAAAAUGAUCUAAAUACACAGUAUAGCUGGUAAGGUUAUAAAUGUGAAGGAGCUGCACCUAUGAUUUGAUUGGGACUUCUUGGCCAAGAGGACCUGUCAUUUGUAUUAUGUGUAAGACUUCUUUGAGGAUGUCCAACUUUGGAAUGUAUUUUGGCAGCUGGCCUCUGUUUAAUGUUUCAUGUAAGCAGGAUUUUACCAUAAACAUAUUUCACUUGAAACAUCAUUGGUUUUAAAUAUGGCCAGCACAUGGAUACAUAGAAUUGACAGGAUGUUGAAAAUAGAAUCGAGGGCAUGAACUUUAACACACUCAGAAGUGUCUUCUGAAAUUUGCUGAGUAUAUUUAACACACUUAGGAUGAACAACACACAGAUUAAGUCAUAACUUCAGUUCUACUGAUUUCCUGCUAUGUGAGAAGCUGAUUCAUAUUAAACGGCCCAUGCUGACAUUGAUACAUUAUAAUUACAUUUUAAUUAAUGGUGCAUUUUCACUUAAAGCAAAUUAUUCUACUUGUAGCACACCCUUUAGCCUCCAUGUUUCAUCCCACUGAAUACAAGAAAUCAUUAACAUGGAGAGAAACAAAAAUAAAACACUAAUGUGGAGGGAACAAGGAGAGGAGCGGAUGUAGGAUCAAUUAUGUGACUGAAAAGUCAGUUUUAUACUUUUCUCUUUAUGUCAAACGCAUAUGGGCAUGCAUGCCAGCCAGCUCUUAUAUUAGUGCCAUUUCCCAAUUGAAGCAAGACAUCUUUAUAUUUAUUUUUUUUUCAAAUGUCCGAACACUUUGUGUUAUAUUGUAAUGCACCAUACAUACUGUAUGCCUUAGUAUUAUGCACUAGUAUGAAGCUUUUGUGGAGAUAAUUUAAUCGUAUGAUGUUCUGUAGUGGAGGCAAACUGACUUUUAUUUUGUAUCAUAAUGUAUGUCAAAUGUUUACAUGCACCAAACCCCCUGGAUAUUUUAUUUAUAAAAUUAUUUUUUGUUUUAUCUCA